AUGUUGCGUGUGUUUUCAAAAAGCAUUAUUUUACAAGAUCAAUGUCGCUUAUCACAAAAAUUAAUACGAGAGUUGGAUGUUAUAAAAUGUGUAACAAUUCAAAAUUGUUUAUCAAGACAUUUUGCUAGUAAAGUGCAGGAAGAUGCAAAACUUGAACGGAUUUAUUACGGUACCUUGACGCCACAAAUUCGAGCUGUAAAGGUUUUUUCAUUGUGUUCAAGUAUAGCUGGUCUAAUUGCUCAGCCCAUUAUAAUCAAGGAGGCUUCAACAAUCGGAAGCACUUCGUUAUUGGUAGCUUUAUGUUCAGUUGUGGGUUUCUUCACAUUUGUAACUCCAAUAUUACUCCACAUCAUUACAAAGAAGUAUGUGACAGAAAUCCAUUAUGACGCCGACAAGUCUUUAUACAAAGCUACAACAUACAGUUUUUUUCUACUACCAAAAAAGGUGGAUUUCACACCAGAUGAUGUAGUAGUACCUGACAUCCCUGGAAUGUUUACAACAAUGUUUGCUAAAGGCAAACCUUUAUUUAUUGAAGCCCGGCAUUUCAAUGACCCUCUAGAUUAUGCUAAGAUCAUGGGCUAUGACAAACCCUUAGACUUUAAACUAGGAGAAAUAGAUGACAGUGAAACUAAAAAGUAG